AACAGGAGUAUUCGGAGCGAGUGAGCUCGUGACAGCUGCGUGACGGGGUCUGGUGAUAACGUGACCGGUCAAGUCCCGCAGGAAGCUCCAAUGGCUCGAGUCGCCGUUCCCCUGCCGCUGCUGAUGCUGCUGCUGCUGCUGCCGUUGCUCUCCGGCACGUCGGCCGGGGCCGCCUCACUCUCCGAGUCCGCCAGCGUCGUCAACUUGGUGACGGAUGUGGUGGCGCGCGCCACCACCGCCUCCGAGGUGCUCACUCUCAACCUCACCAACCUCAUCAUCCUGGUGGUCAUCAAGGCCAUCGUCAUCGUCUUCGGCAUGUUCGCCUUCGGGGGCGGCUUCAACCUGUUCGGGAACACAUUUGGCAGGUCUGCUGACUCGCCGGAGUCGCAGCCCUGGCUGGACCGGCAGGACAUGCUGCUGAUGCUGACGUACCUGCUGAGCUCGGACGGCGCCGGCUACGGCUGUCUGGACCGGGUGGCCUGCGAGCAGCCCGACCGCGCCAAGCAGUACAUCACCGCCGGCAAGAUGCUCUUCAGCGGCGCGAAAAUGGUGGACGGGAUCCUACCAGUGGACAGCAAGUACGAGGAGGUGCUGGACGGCAUGCAGAAGGCGGUGUACCACGGCCAAAGCGGCGGCGUGUGCAGCCUGCGCUACCGCUGCUCGGAACACUGACCCGUCCCCCACCUCGUCCUCCUCUCUCCUUUUGCUACACUGUCUUCGACAGCAGCCGGCGGCGGUAGCCCCCUCGCUGUGGCGGCACCCAGCUUUGCUCCGACAAGGCGGGACCAGCGCUGGGCGAAAUCAACGCUGGGCGGGACCAGCGCCGGAGGAGCUCGCGUUGCCUGAGACGUUCCCAGCGCCCUCUUUUAACACGGAACUGUUGAUUGAUA